CCAACGUGCAACAAAGAAUUAAAAGAAAAUAAUAAUAAGAUAAAUGCUGAAAUGAAAAACAUGUCAAAACAAACGCUGCCUUUUGCUCGUAACAGUAACAGCAUCGACCGAUUCUGCUCCUGGAUUUUCCCCUAUAGACUCGCCAUCUUUUCUUUUUCUUUUUUUCUCUUCUUAAAAAUAUUUUUCCUCAUUUUAGUUUUCAUGCUUACCAAAACGUCUGCAACAACAAUUGUACCCAAACAAAAAUUAAGAAGAAAAACAUUUUUUUUUUCUUUUCUCAUCAUUAUUACAUAUUGCUUUUCUAUAUUCAUGUAGUGUCUUUUUGUUUCUGUUACCUUUUAUUGACAAAGUGGGUUGCUUUUUAUUUAUUUUUUUCUUUUGGUUCCAAUGAUAACAAUUGUAGUUUUAGUUUAAUCUAAAAGAAAAGAACAUGGCUUGCAUGAAGCUUGGAUCAAAAUCUGAAGUGUUUCUUCUUGAUGGACAUACCUGGCUUUGCUCAACCGGGCUAGCAAGUGAUGUCAUCAUUGAAGUUGGAGAAAUGUCCUUCCAUCUUCACAAGUUUCCAUUGCUUUCGAGAAGUAAAGUCCUAGAAGAUCUUAUUGGAGAAUGUUAUGGUGAAGAUGGGAAAAAGUGUACUUUGCGACUUGAUGAUUUACCUGGUGGAGCUAAAACCUUCUUACUUGUAGCCAAAUUUUGUUAUGGAGUUAAAAUGGAACUCUCUACCCUGAAUGUAGUUAGUCUUAGAUGUGCUGCUGAGUAUCUUCGGAUGAGUGAGGACUAUGGAGAGGGAAAUCUUAUCACACAAAUGGAAAAUUUUCUCAAUGAAAUCUUUGGCAACUGGAGGGACUCCCUUAAAGCUCUCGAAACUUGUGAAGAGGUUUUACCACAAGCAGAAGAGCUUCAUAUUGUUUCAAGAUGCAUCAAUUCUUUGGCAAUGAAAGCUUGUGCAGAUCCAAGUUUAUUCAGUUGGCCCAUGUCAGGAUGCAAUGAUAUGAAGAGCCCAGAAGGAACCGUAUUUUGGAAUGGUAUACGUACUUCUGCCAAGGCACAACCUAUUGGCGAGGAUUGGUGGUAUGAGGAUGUUUCCUUUCUUAGAUUACCCUUGUACAGAAGACUAAUUUCAGCUGUUGGAUCAAAUGGCAUGAAACCAGAGAAGGUGGUUGGGGCCUUAAUGUAUUAUGCAAGGAGGCAUCUUCCUUUGUUGGGUAGGCAAUCAGUUGUAGAGAAUGGAAACCUUAAUGCUCCGGGAUCAAUGUAUUCUACUGUAGUUGAUGCAGAUCAAAGGAACCUCCUUGAAGAAUUGGUGGAAAUAUUACCUGAUCAAAAGGGUGUGACACCUAGCAAGUUUCUGCUUAGGCUUCUGCGAACAGCCAUUUUGUUGCAUGCUAGUUCAGCAUGCCAAGAGAACUUGGAGAAAAGGAUUGGGGCACAGUUAGACCAAGCAGCUCUUGAAGAUAUUAUGAUACCAAAUAUGGGAUACUCAGUGGAAACCCUCUAUGAUAUUGACUGUGUUCAGCGGAUUCUUGAUCAUUUCUUGCUCUUGGAUCACGAUGAUCCUACAUCGAAUUAUAUAAUAGACGAGAGACAGAUGAUGGAAGGUUCCCAUUCACUAACCCCAAUGACAAUGGUGGCAAAUCUGGUAGAUAAUUAUUUGGCCGAGGUUGCACCUGAUAUUAACUUAAAGCUGUUAAAAUUUCAGUCACUUGCUGCUGUUAUCCCUGCUUAUGCCAGGCCAAUAGAUGAUGGAAUUUACCGUGCAAUUGAUAUAUACCUCAAGGCUCAUCCAUGGCUAACAGAUUCAGAAAGGGAACAACUUUGCAGGCUCAUGAACUGCCAGAAGCUCUCAUUAGAAGCAAGCACACAUGCAGCGCAAAAUGAGAGGCUACCACUUAGAGUCAUCGUCCAAGUUUUAUUCUUCGAACAACUAAGACUCCGAACGUCAAUAUCUGGUUGGUUUUUCGUUUCUGACAACCUUGAUAAUUCACAGAAUCCAAGCGGAAAUCUUGCCGUCACCAGAAAUGAUGGGCACACUCAAGUUAAUGCCACCACACAAGACCGUAUUGUAGCAGUUGAUGAAAUGAAAGAGAGAGUUUCUGAUCUUGAAAAAGAAUGCUUGAACAUGAAAGAGGAGAUUGAGAAAAUAGUGAAGACAAAAGGAAGUUGGAAUGUGUUAUUUAGAAGGCUUGGUUUUAGUAGAUCAAAGUCAAAAUCAAGUGUUCCUAAAGCAGCAACAAAGCCUAGUAAUUCUAAAGAAUCACCAACAUCUUCUACAACACCACUCAUGAAUGGAAAACAAAAUCAUAGUGCUGAAAUAGGUGACUGAGCAUCAAACUCUCUCCAAAUGAAAAAAGAAAAGUGUUUGUUCAUUCCUUUCUUUCAUCUCUAACUUAUGGAGGCUAACUAGGUAGCUUUUUGUGGUUGGUUGUUUACCUAAUUCUGUAAUUAUGUUUUAGCAGUUAGAUGUUAGGACAUUUACAUUUUUCUUAGAUUAUGUUCAGCCGUUCUCAGUGGUUUUUUGUAGUAAAAGAUUUCAGAUUUUGAUUC